GCCGGAUAGAUAAAAAAAAAUAGAAAAAAGAAAAGAAGAAUUCCGCAAGGGAAGGAGGCAGCAAGAGGAGGACGAGGCGGCGGCGGCAAAAGGGAAGAGGACGAGAGGUGAUGGCGAGGAGCGAUAGCUGCUUGGCGCGCGUGGGCGCCGGAGUCGCCAUCGGCGGCGCGGUCGGCGGGGCCGUCGGUGCUUGCUAUGGGACUUUUGAGGCAUUCAGAUACAAGAUCCCUGGGUUGCUAAAGAUCAGAUACAUUGGGCAAACCACAGUUGGCAGCGCUGCAAUUUUUGGGCUUUUCUUGGGAGCGGGGAGCUUGAUUCACUGUGGAAAAUCGUACUAGUCUGUGUCCCAAGUUUUUUGAACACUACCUCAGUUGACGGGCUUCAGAGGAUUCUACAUUUUGAGCACUGCCCGGGAUGGCCUCAAAGACUGCCAGUGAAAACAUUUAUUUGGCGUUUAUGUAUAAUUUAACAGCUAAUAGCUCAGGGUUUGAAAGAAUAAUCAAGUUUUAUUAUUUACUCAGUCUUGAUUUGCUGGUCUUUCUGGUGUGGAAAUAAAAUUCAUUUUUCAUCUGA